GCCUGGCGGCCGACACCCGGGGGCCCCACAAUUAAUACCCGGCGCCCGCCCGCCGCUUCGGGACUCGCGCGCCCGCUCUCGGGGAAGGAGGCGCUCGCUGGGCCCUGACCCGCCUCGCAACUCGUCUGCUCUGGCAGCUGCAGCGACCGAGCGCCGGACAGACUCUCCCGAGCCCCUCGCCAAGAGCCAGCUCGCGCAAGGACCAGUGUGCCACCCCCUCGCCACCCUCGUCGCCGCGGGGAACUCUGCGCCGGCGGCUGGCAGGCAGGUGGGCGAGCGCGCCGGCUAGAUUCUAGUACAUUGGAGACUGGUCCUUUUCUAAAACUAGAGGAGAAGACUAGGAAGGGGUGAUGAAUUCUUUUUGAGUUUCAAGUUACAAAAUAAAAGGAAGAAUUCAAGUAGAUGAGCUGGAAGACUGGGAGAGCUGAGACGGGAAGAUUUUGAAGUCAUUCUUCAUCUGAAGCUAUGAUUUAAACAUCAGCGUUAUGAUUUGAACAAGAAAAACUUAAGCCUCGUUGGAUUCCCGUGUCAAAGAAAAGUUCCAAGCUUUCAGAAAGAGUUCUUGCUUGAAGACAAAGAACAGCUUGCUAACCACAAAAGAGGGAUCGAUGCUCAGCUUUUAGCUGCCCUUCCUAAAGUUGCAGAAUUAAGAAAAAUCUUUGAACCAAAGAGGAAAGAAUUUUUAGAAAUGAAAAGAAAGGAAAGAAUUGCCCGGCGCUUAGAAGGAAUUGAAACCGACACACAGCCCAUCCUCUUGCAGAGCUGCACGGGCUUGGUAACUCAUCGCCUGCUGGAGGAGGACACACCCAGAUACAUGCGUGCCACAGACCCGGCCAGCCCGCACAUCGGUCGAUCAAAUGAAGAAGAAGAAACUUCAGAUUCUUCACUAGAAAAGCAGACUCGGUCCAAACAGUGCACAGAAACCUCAGGCAUCCAUGCUGACUCCCCCUACAGUUCAGGCAUCAUGGACACCCAGAGCCUCGAGUCCAAAGCCGAAAGAAUCGCCAGGUACAAAGCAGAGAGAAGACGGCAGCUGGCAGAAAAGUAUGGGCUCACUCUGGAUCCGGAAGCGGACUCUGAAACUCCAUCUCGAUACAGCAGGUCCAGAAAGGACCCCGAGGCUGCGGAGAAAAGAGGGGGAAGAAGCGAGCGAUCAGCUGAGUCCAGCAGAGACUCCAGCUCGUGCUACUCCAGGACUGAGCUCUCGGGGCUCAGGACCUGCGUGGCUGAAUCCAAGGACUAUGGCCUGCACCGGAGCGACGGUGUUUCCGACACAGAGGUGCUGCUCAACGCAGAAAACCAAAGACGUGGUCAAGAGCCCAGUGCCACCGGGCUGGCCCGAGACCUGCCCCCUGCAGGGGAGGUCUCCUCUUCCUUCUCGUUCUCCGGGCGAGACUCUGCCCUCGGUGAAGUGCCAAGGUCCCCAAAGCCAGUGCACAGCCUGCCCAGUCCAUCACCUGGGCAGCCAGCCUCCCCAAGCCACUCCACCAGUGACCUGCCACUCCCUGCGGAGGCUCGAGCCAGUACCGGGAAACCCAAACAUGAGUGGUUUCUCCAGAAAGAUUCCGAAGGGGACACACCUUCACUUAUCAACUGGCCAUCCAGAGUUAAAGUUAGAGAAAAAUUGGUGCGAGAGGAGAGCGCUCGCAGCAGUCCUGAACUUGCCUCCGAGUCCUUAACUCAGAGGAGACACCAGACGGCGCCAGGCCAUUACCUGGCCUUUCAGUCAGAGAACUCGGCCUUCGAUAGGGUCUCGGGCAAGGUGGCCAGCUCUGCAAGACAGCCCAUCCGCGGCUAUGUCCAGCCAGCAGAGCCCGUCCACACCAUCACGCUGGUGACCUCAGACACCCCAGAAAGCGUCUCCGAGGGCAGCUGGGCGGGCCCAGCCCCCCAGACUGUCACAAAGCCUCCUCCAUCAAAGGUUCUAGAAGGUGAAAGAAGAGACACCCCAGUUCUCCAUAUUUGCGAAUCCAAAGCAGAAGAUGUGCUCUUCUCUGAUGCUCUGGAGAAAAGCAGGAAGACCCUUGCGGUUUUGGAGGAUCCUGGGUCUGGGAGAAGCCAGGAAGCCCCCCCUGGAACCGGGGAUUUGAGUCAGCCCGCUGUUGGCAUAGUUACCGCGGAACCUCAGAAGGAAUCAGAAAGCCUGGCCCGCCCACCUACGGCUCAGCGGCAGCCCACCGAGAGGAUGGGCAGGAGCGAGAUGGUCAUGUACGUUCAGAGCGAGGCAGCGUCCCAAGGUCACAGGAAGGAGGCACCCACGCGGAAACACAGGGUCCUCACCCGCUCCCUGUCCGACUACACGGGCCCCCCGCAGCUCCAGGCUCUGAAGGCCAAGGCCCCGGCUCCCAAGCGAGAUGCCGAGUCACAGACGUCCAAGGCCGAGUUGGAACUGGGCCUACUGGACACGAAGGUCUCAGUCGCCCAGCUCCGCAAUGCGUUCCUGGAGUCAGCCAGGGCCAGCAGGAAACCUGAGCUCCAUUCUCGGGUUGAGGGGUCAAGCGAAGGCCCUGGUGUGGAACGGGAGAGAGGGUCCCGGAAACCGAGGCGCUAUUUUUCUCCUGGUGAAAAUAGAAAGACUUCCGAGAGAUUUAGAACUCAACCCAUAACCUCGGCAGAACGAAAGGAAUCAGAUAGGUCAACUUCAAAUUCAGAAAUGCCAGCUGCCGAGGAUGAAGAAAAGGUCGAUGAGCGAGCGAAGCUGAGUGUUGCUGCGAAGAGGCUGCUCUUCAGGGAGAUGGAGAAGUCGUUUGAUGAGAAGAGCGUCCCGAAGCGCCGCUCCCGCAACGCGGCUGUGGAGCAGAGGCUGCGGCGCCUACAGGACCGGUCCCACACGCAGCCCGUCACCACCGAAGAGGUGGUCAUUGCAGCCACACUGCAGGCGUCCGCUCACCAAAAGGCACUAGCCAGAGACCAGACAAACGAGGGCAAAGAUUCUGCUGAGCAGGGAGAACCCGACUCCUCCACUCUGAGCUUAGCGGAGAAGCUGGCCUUGUUUAACAAACUGUCCCAGCCGGUCUCAAAAGCCAUUUCAACGCGGAACAGAUUAGAUGUGAGACAGAGGAGGAUGAAUGCUCGUUAUCAAACCCAGCCGGUCACGCUUGGAGAGGUGGAACAGGUGCAGAGUGGCAAGCUCAUGGCCUUCUCCCCCACCGUUAACACAUCCGUGUCCACCGCGGCAUCUACCGUCCCCCCCAUGUACGCAGGGAAUCUUCGGACAAAGCCAAUUCCGGAUGACAGCUUCGGUGCCACCGAGCAAAAGUUUGCUUCUUCACUAGAAAACUCCGACUCCCCAGUUAGAAGCAUCCUGAAAUCCCAAGGCUGGCAGCCCUCGGUCGAGGGUGCUGGGAGCAAAGCAAUGUUGAGAGAAUUUGAAGAGACAGAACGCAAGGGAGGCUUGACAGGUGUAGAUGGCGGGGUUACAAAGUAUGGGUCCUUUGAGGAAGCAGAGCUGUCCUACCCUGUCCUCAGCAGAGUCCGGGAGGGAGACAGCCAUAAAGAACCCAUCUAUGCCCUUCCAAGGAAAGGAAGCCUGGAGCUUGCCCAUCCUCCCAUCGCCCAGCUUGGUGAUGAGCUGAAGGAAUUUUCCACCCCAAAGAGCACCAUGCAGGUGAGCCCGGACUGGAAGGAGAGGCAGCUCUUUGAAGAGAAGGUGGACUUGGAGAAUGUCACAAAGAGGAAGUUUUCGCUGAAAGCGGCGGAGUUCGGGGAACCCACUUCUGAGCAGACCGGUGCGGCUGCUGGGAAACCGGCUGCUCCGACUACAACCCCCGUGUCCUGGAAGCCGCAGGAUCCCUCCGAACAGCCUCAGGAGAAGCGGUAUCAGAGCCCGUGUGCAAUGUUUGCUGCUGGAGAGAUCAAAGCCCCGGCCGUGGAGGGCAGCCUCGACUCCCCCAGCAAAACCAUGUCCAUUAAAGAAAGAUUAGCACUGUUGAAGAAGAGCGGUGAGGAAGACUGGAGAAACAGACUCAACAGAAAGCAGGAAUACGGCAAAGCCUCCAUCACCAGCAGCCUGCAUACCCAAGAAACGGAGCAGUCACUCAAGAAGAAGGAAGAAGGAGGAUUUACAGAUGAUAAUGACAUUUCUAAUCUGCUUUGGCAGCGGGUCACAGAAAGUAGAGAGAGCCAGAUGACUAUUGAAGAGAGAAAGCAUCUCAUCACCGUGAGAGAGGAUGCCUGGAAGACCAGGGGCAAAGGAGCAGCCAACGACUCCACCCAGUUCACCGUGGCUGGCAGGAUGGUGAAGCGAGGUCUGGCGUCCCCCACUGCCAUCACCCCGGUAGCAUCCCCUAUUUGCAGCAAAACAAGGGGCACUACACCAGUUUCCAAACCCCUGGAAGAUAUCGAAGCCAGACCAGACAUGCAGUUAGAGUCGGACCUCAAGUUGGACAGGCUGGAAACCUUCCUAAGAAGGCUGAAUAACAAAGUUGGUGGGAUGCAAGAAACAGUCCUCACUGUCACUGGGAAAUCGGUGAAAGAGGUGAUGAAGCCGGACGAUGAUGAAACCUUUGCCAAGUUUUACCGUAGCGUGGACUCCACUCUACCGAGAAGCCCCGUGGAGCUGGACGAGGAUUUCGAUGUCAUUUUUGAUCCUUAUGCCCCAAAGUUGACAUCCUCGGUGGCUGAGCACAAGCGUGCUGUGAGGCCCAAGCGCCGGGUCCAGGCUUCCAAAAACCCCCUGAAGAUGCUGGCCGCGAGGGAAGAUCUCCUGCAGGAGUACACUGAGCAGAGGCUGAACGUGGCCUUCGUGGAGUCAAAGCGCAUGAAAGUCGAAAAGUUGUCCGCCAACUCCAGCUUCUCAGAAGUCACCCUGGCAGGGUUAGCCAGCAAAGAAAACUUCAGCAACGUCAGCCUGCGGAGCGUCAACCUGACAGAACAGAAUUCCAACAACAGCGCAGUGCCCUACAAGAAGCUGAUGCUGCUGCAGGUUAAAGGAAGAAGACACGUGCAGACGCGGCUGGUGGAGCCUCGCGCCUCCUCCCUCAACAGCGGGGACUGCUUCCUCCUGCUCUCGCCCCAUCACUGCUUCCUGUGGGUCGGAGAGUUCGCCAACGUGAUCGAGAAGGCAAAGGCCUCAGAACUCGCGAGUUUAAUUCAGACCAAGAGGGAACUUGGUUGUAGAGCAACUUACAUCCAGACUGUUGAAGAAGGAAUUAAUACACACACACAUGCAGCCAAAGACUUCUGGAAGCUUCUGGGCGGCCAAGCCAGUUACCAAUCCGCCGGAGACCCAAAGGAGGAUGAGCUGUAUGAAACAGCCAUAAUAGAAACCAACUGCAUUUACCGUCUGAUGGAUGACAAACUCGUCCCUGAUGAUGACUACUGGGGGAAGAUCCCAAAGUGCUCCCUCCUGCAGUCAAAAGAGGUACUGGUGUUUGAUUUUGGGAGUGAGGUUUACGUGUGGCAUGGAAAAGAAGUCACAUUAGCACAACGGAAAAUCGCCUUUCAGCUAGCAAAGCACUUGUGGAAUGGAACCUUUGACUACGAGAAUUGUGACAUCAACCCGCUGGAUCCUGGGGAAUGCAAUCCCCUCAUUCCCAGAAAAGGACAGGGGCGGCCUGACUGGGCAAUAUUUGGGAGGCUUACAGAACACAACGAGACGAUCUUGUUCAAAGAGAAAUUUCUUGAUUGGACGGAACUGAAGAGACCUAAUGAGAAGAACACCAGCGAACUUGCGCAGCACAAGGACGAUGCCCGGGCGGAGGUCAAGCCUUACGAUGUGACACGGAUGGUUCCGGUGCCCCAGACGACAGCCGGCACCGUGCUGGAUGGGGUCAACGUGGGCCGAGGCUACGGGCUGGUGGAAGGGGACGACCGGAGGCAGUUUGAGAUCGCCAGUGUCUCGGUGGACGUCUGGCACAUCCUGGAGUUCGACUACAGCAGGCUCCCCAAGCAGAGCAUCGGGCAGUUCCACGAGGGCGACGCCUACGUGGUCAAGUGGAAGUUCAUCGUGAGCACCGCAGUGGGAAGCCGGCAGAAGGGGGAGCACUCGGUCAGGGUGGCUGGCAAAGAGAAGUGUGUCUACUUCUUCUGGCAAGGCCGCCAGUCAACCGUGAGCGAGAAGGGCACGUCGGCCCUGAUGACGGUGGAGUUGGACGAGGAAAGGGGGGCCCAGGUCCAAGUCCUGCAGGGCAAGGAGCCCCCCUGUUUCCUGCAGUGUUUCCAGGGGGGGAUGGUGGUCCACUCCGGGAGACGGGAGGAAGAGGAAGAAAACACACAAAGCGAGUGGCGGCUGUACUGUGUGCGCGGAGAGGUGCCCGUGGAGGGGAACUUGCUGGAGGUGGCCUGUCACUGCAGCAGCCUCAGGUCUAGGACGUCCAUGGUCGUCCUCAACGUCCACAAAGCCCUCAUCUACCUGUGGCACGGGUGCAAAGCCCAGGCCCACACGAAGGAGGUCGGACGGACUGCGGCCAAUAAGAUCAAGGACCAAUGUCCCCUGGAGGCCGGGCUGCACAGCAGCAGCAAAGUGACAAUCCAUGAGUGUGAUGAAGGCUCGGAGCCCCUGGGCUUCUGGGAUGCUCUGGGGAGGAGAGACCGGAAAGCCUACGACUGCAUGCUUCAAGAUCCUGGAAAUUUUAACUUCACACCCCGCCUGUUCAUCCUCAGCAGCUCCUCUGGUGACUUCUCAGCCACAGAGUUCAUGUAUCCUGCCCGAGACCCCUCUGUGGUCAACUCUAUGCCCUUCCUGCAGGAAGACCUAUACAGCGCCCCACAGCCAGCACUUUUCCUUGUUGACAAUCACCAUGAGGUGUACCUCUGGCAAGGCUGGUGGCCCAUCGAGAACAAGAUCACGGGCUCCGCGCGCAUCCGCUGGGCCUCGGACCGGAAGAGCGCCAUGGAGACAGUGCUGCAGUACUGCCGAGGGAAAAACCUGAAGAAGCCACCCCCCAAGUCUUACCUCAUCCACGCUGGCCUGGAACCCCUGACUUUCACCAACAUGUUCCCCAGCUGGGAGCACAGAGAAGACAUUGCAGAGAUCACGGAGAUGGACACGGAAGUUUCAAAUCAGAUCACUCUAGUGGAGGAUGUCUUAGCCAAACUGUGUAAGACCAUUUACCCGCUGGCCGACCUCCUAGCCAGGCCGCUCCCUGAGGGAGUUGACCCUCUGAAGCUGGAGAUCUAUCUCACCGACGAGGACUUCGAGUUUGCACUAGACAUGACCCGCGACGAGUACAAUGCGCUGCCCGCUUGGAAGCAGGUGAACCUGAAGAAAGCAAAAGGUCUGUUCUGAGUCAGGAGAUGCUGGAGGAACCUGGGUGGUCACUUUCAAUACUGAUGGACCAGGAAAAUGGAUGUUUUAGUGGGGGAGCCUGGUAUUUUAAAAUAUGUUUUUUCAUCCGCAUUUUUAAAACCUGAAGUGACCAGCUCUCCUGCUCAUUUGGGAGUUGUGUAUUUUGUAAAUGUUCCAGAGAACUCUCUGGGAACACGCUUUCCACACUUCAGCAGGUGAUGUUUGUGAGGUAUCCGUGGCCCUACAUGCACUUACGCAGCAGGUCCUCAGCGGCGGCCACGGCACUGCCCUCCCACUCCAGCUAAGCGUUGCCUAUUUUUUUGAAGCAGUUCUCUUUAUAAAGUGUUAUUUUGAUAGUUUGUGGAUUCUAAAAUAUAUAUAUAUUUAUAUAAACACCGUAUAAAUCAAAUAUGUAUUUAACAAAGCAAUAUGUAUUCAUUCACUUUUAAGAUUUUUUUUUUUUUUGGUGUCAAAAUAAUAUUAAAAGGUAGUUGCUUCUGUUGAAUUAGUUCUGCCACCUAUGUGUACUUUCACCCAUGUUCAGAAGCGUCUCCUUUGGUGUGAAGUCUGACUCGUUCUGAGUGCUGCUUCCGGUGCUAAGAUGAACAAAAGGCUCUUAAGAAUCUGUGCAAAUCCACCUUUCUACCUUAAUAUCGCCCCCAAAUGUAUAGUGCCUUGUUUUAUGUACAGUUUAUAUACAGAAAAGUUUGCUCUGCAUUUUUUGACGAUGGUUUGGAACAGUAUCUACAAUUUUACUCUAAAAUAGUAGAAAUUCCAAAAAAAAAAAAGAACUCUAUUUCUAAUACCUGUUGUAAACAUUAUACAUGUCAUUUGGCGACGGAGGACUCCAAAAUAAAAGCUUCAGAAUAAACGCAACUAUGAACUGA